AUGAAAUUCACUAGUAUUUUUGUGGCUUCGGCCACGUUCGUAUUCCUUGCUGCGGCACUUCCCCAAGUGUAUGAGCUUUCUCUCCUCAAGAUGUCUGUUGUUAUUUUAGGUAUAUUAAAUGCUGACUAUUCAACCUUUCCUGAAUAUAGUAUUAUAGCUCGCCGUAAUGCAGAGCCAGAAGGCGUCACAAUCUGGGGCCGUUCAGUGUUUCAAAGACGUCAACUUGCGGUCCGCGUAGCUGAGGCCGAUGCUGAUCCAGAUUGUACCGGACCAAACUGCGUGUGCGGCAGACCCGGAGCACCGCUAUGCUGGAAGGACAAACGUGGGGAGCUUCAGUUCGUCCGCGAGGCUGCGCCAGAGCCCGUGGCUGAGGCCGAUGCUGAUCCAGAUUGCACCGGACCAAACUGUGUGUGCGGCAGACCCGGAGCACCGCUAUGCUGGAAGGACAAACGUGGGGAGCUUCAGUUCGUCCGCGAGGCUGCGCCAGAGCCCGUGGCUGAGGCCGAUGCUGAUCCAGAUUGCACCGGGCCAAACUGCGUGUGCGGCAGACCCGGGGCACCUCUGUGCUGGAAGAACAAGCGUGGGGAGCUUGAAUUUGUAAAAGUUUGA